GACCAUUGGUAAUGAAUAAUAAGAAGUGGAACAGAAUGUUUGACGUCAUCAGCGGCCGUGCUACUGGAGCGGUCCUGUCUUUUAUAAGACAUACGUCUCAGACUCUGCAGCGUCAAAGAGUGAACCCUGUAGACCAACAUCAACCACCUUCACUGUCAACCACCGCUGGACUGAGUUUUCUUUCCUGUUUCACUGUGUCUAAACAAAGGAGCUCCAGGAUCCAAGUAGUGAAACAGACAGAACGACAUCAUCAAAACAAGAAAUGUGAGUUCAACAUGGACAACCUGAGCAAGCCUGAGCUGCUCACUCUGCUGAGCAUCAUGGAGGGAGAGCUGGAGGCUCGAGACCUGGUGAUCGAGGCUCUGAGGGCUCAGAGGAAGGAGGUGUUUCUCCAGGAGCGUUAUGGUCACUACAGCCUGACCGACCCCUUCCUGGCGCUCCAGAGGGACUUUGAAUGCAGCGGCUCUGGAGGAGCCACGGAGCGACGACCGCUGGGCUCCAGCCCCAUCUCCGUCCUAGAGGCCGUCAUGGCUCACUGCAGGAAGAUGCAGGAGCGCAUGUCGGCGCAGCUGGCGUCUGCUGAGAGUCGACAGAAGAGGCUGGAGAUGGAGAAGCUGCAGCUUCAGAGUCUGGAGCAGGAGCACCGUAAACUGACAGCCCAGCUGAAGGACGAACGAGAGAAAAAUAAGCACAUUGUCAUGAUGUUAGUAAGAGAAUGCAAACAGCUGGCUACGCGGGUGGUCGAGGAGUCGCAGCGCUUCGAUGAACUGCAGGCUCGCCUGGACGAGGAGAGCCACACCACCGGCCGCCUGCAGGAGGAGCUAAGUACCGAGAGACAGCGCAGCCAGCAGAUGGAGGCCAAGAUGGAGAAACAGCUGUCUGAGUUUGACACGGAGCGCGAACAGCUACGCGCCAGGCUGGGCCGCGAGGAGGCCGAGAGCCAGAGUCUGCGGCACCAGGUGGAGCAGCUCAGGACUGAACAAAGCGAUGGCAAGAACGCCGCCGUGGCUCAGCCUGCUGCUGCAGCUGAACCUGCCGCCGCUGCAGCCGCUCCGUCCAAACCCAAGGCCCUGAAGUCCGUAUCCAUAGCGACGGAGCCCGUCUGCUCUCGACCUGCGUCUUGCCAAACAGACCUGACCCCCAGUGAGGUGGAGGCUCCGAAAAAGAACCCACUCAGUAUAACCGUCAAACCGUCCCCCGCCAAUUAUGUGGGUCUGAGUCUGCCAAAGACGACUGGACGUGGGAUUGUCCACAGCAGCUCAGGAGGACUGGCACAAACAGAAAAUGGCUCCGAGGGCCAAGCCCCCCAUCCUUUACCCACUGGGGUCAGCCCUCGUGUCCAAGCAGCUCGCUACAAGUUCCAGGAACAGGACCAAAACGGCACGGCGUCUCAGACUCCACCAGCCCGUGACCUCUCUCCUACGAACCGUGACAACUUUGUCGCCAAGCAGCAAGCGCGUCACACUGUCACGCAGGUUCUCUCGCGCUUCACCAGCCCUCCUGCAGGAGGCGCUGGACCUCUGCGACCGGGCCUGCCCCACUCUGCCUCAGAGGGAGGUCCUUUUCCAGGCCGUCUGAGCCACCCCAUCGGUCUUAAAUCGCCAACGGUGGCCAGGAUCGACCGGGGGAACCCUCCUCCUAUUCCUCCAAAAAAACCAGGGCUUUCCCAGACACCUUCUCCUCCUCAUCCACCCAUCAAGGUGGUGGGGGACAGCAGCCGCUCCCCCGGGGCUGGAAUUAAACCGGCCACUCCCCAACUGCCACCUAAACCAGCCCUGGACUUGGUCCCAGCCCUGACGGCCUCUCAGGUGGGUGCCUGUCCCCGUUCUCCGGGGCCCGGCCGGGGCCCUCAGCGGCAGCCGGCGGCAGCAUGUGCAGAGUGCCCCCCCGUCAUCAACCCCACCUCCACUGUCAGUAGCCCAUCCUCCAUAAUCCCCUCCUCCUCCAUUAGUGCUCCAUCCUCCCGUAGUCCCAGCUCCCUGGCACCAGCAUCAGGCUGGUGUCCCUCCGUAGUCUCCUCUCUCAGUGGCGGUGGGCUCGCUGCCCUGGACGGCGGGCGCCCUCUGCUCCUCCAAGCUGCUUCCCAGGGAAAUGUCACUUUAUUGUCAAUGCUGCUUAACCAACCAGACCUGACCACUACCACCUCCCCCAUGUCUGACAACCUCACCUCCUCCACCACCUCCUUCACCACCUCCACCACCGCCGCCGGCAUGGAGGACCAACCCCAUCACCUUGACGAAGACCAUCAUCUCUACCACACCACCCACCAAACCUCUGCCUUGUUUGCUGCUGCACAGAACGGACACACAGAGUGUGUGAAGCUGCUGCUGUUUUCAGGAACUCCUGCUGAUGUUACUGAUGUGAAUGGACUCACACCCUUGCACUUGGCUGCCGCCCAUGGCCACAGCAGCUGUGCAGACGUGCUGCUGUCUGCAGGAGCUGCUGUGGAUGCAGCGGCGGCAGACGGGGGUCAGACCCCCCUCUUCGUGGCCUGUGGCUUGGCCUGUGUCCAGUCCUGCCUGACCGCCGGGGCUGAUCGCUCCCGCACCACCUCAGACGGCUGCACUGCUCUCCACGCCGUGGUGCGCUCUGGACACGUGGACACGCUGCGUCUCCUCCUAUGUCACCCACCUCAGGCUGACCCCACUGUGACCCCUGACCCCUCGGGCACCCUGACGUUACCUGCUGCACUACUGAAUCAGGCCAACAGUGAUGGAUGGACCGCUGCGCACAUGGCUGCUGCUCUGGGCCUGAAGGAGUGUCUGGAAGUGCUGUGCAGCCACCGUGAGCAGGACAUCCAGAGGAGAGAUAAGUGUAAUCGGACCAUUCAUGACGUGGCCACCGAUGACUGCAAAGAUUUACUUGAAAACCUCAACUCGUACAGAGUCCUGGUGCGUCUCCAGUGUUCUGGUGGAGGAGCGGGGUCCAUGUGUCCUGUGGAGGCCCUCGAGGAGGAGGCCAAGUGGGGCACCAGCAGUCAGCUGGUGCUGUGUAGAGUGUCAGUGGACCGGUCCAUGCCCUGGUCUCAGUUGGGCUCCGUCCUCAGCCAAUCCUUCACCUCGCACCUCCACAUUCUUUGUGGAGACUCUCCGCAAGGGAGAGAGGAGGUGCAGCGCCCCCCACUGGGCCUUGGCCCCUCUAGUAUCUCCUCCAUCCUCAUUGGUGACACUGAGUGGCUGCCAGGUCAGGAGCUGCCUCUGUCUCCCUGGGACCUGGUCAGGAAGCCUCUCAGCCAGUGCAUCACGGUUCGGCUUAAAGGUCUGUCAGAGUCGAGUCUCGAUGAGCUCGCCUUGGAAUCUCUCUUCUCUCUGCCACUGCUACACAACUAUGUCCGCCUGGUGGAACAAUAUGGAAACCUUAUCUUCCACGGGCUUGAAGGAAGCUGUCAGGAGUACGUCGCCAGUCUGGUGGCUCGCUGCAUCAAAGUGAGUACAAGACCCCCAAAAUCCACUUUGUUACAGGGGACAGUUUGGUCUUUUGAAGGGUUAAAAAAAAUCACCCAAAAAUGGUAUAUACCCAUGGACAUAACAGACAUAACCAGUCCAUGAGGUACUGUGUUUUUAGUUACAUUGUUUCAUGCUUAAAAUUUAGAAAGAAAGUGAUUUAUUGGAACAUUAACUAUGACCAAACCUAAAAUAUUAUCCCAAUAAUUUUCUGAAAAAGUGUUCAAAAAUAAGUUUACCAAAAAUGAAUAAAAAUGAACUAACCUGUCUAAUAUGUAGCAAUUAAAAGAACUUUUUAAAAAAAGGUUUUUCAAAAAAAUGUUUUA